ACCGCCCCUCCCAGAGAGACGCGGUCGCGGAGCGAUGACGUCGCGGGGGCCUGUCCGGGCGACGCGGUCUCGGGAGAUGGAGGAAAAGGAGCAAUUGCGGCGGCAGAUCCGCCUCCUGCAGGGUCUGAUCGAUGACUACAAAAACCUUCAUGGCAAUGCCUCUGCCCUCCCGUGCCCCUCAGCCACUGCCCGGUGGCAGCCACCUGCCUUCAACAACAGCAGGUCCUUCAGUGCCCGCUACCCUCGGUCAAGCCGCAGGGGUUUCUCCCCACACCACGGGCCUGCAUGGCGCAAGAAGUACUCCCUCGUGAACCGGCCUCCGGGACCCGCAGGCCUGCCUGGUGACCGGGCCACCCAGGCUGCCCUGGGACCCAGGGACAGCCAGGGUCCUGACCCCCGGCGGUAUGUCCUUCAGCAGCAGGUCCAGCUCAGUCCAGAUCAGGACAUGGUCAUCAAAAUUAAGCCGCCGUCCAAGCCGAGCUCCGUGACCAUCUCUGGAGCCCUGCGGGGCUCCAUGGAGGAUCUGGAGGACACUCCCUGGGGCGACCAUAGGCCCCAGGAGGGCGAGGGUGAUCCCCCUGGCCAGAAGCUGCAGCCCCCAAGGCCAGGAAGAGCCAAGGAGAGUGGCAGUGAGGGGGACCCCCUCCUGGUCUGCCAGAAGGAGCCUGGCCAGCUACGGGUGGCGAAGUCUGUGAGCGCCAUGAGUGGGAGCCCCCCAGAGCCCUGGCGGACGGUCAGCGAGAGUGCAAUUGCAGUCAAGGCACGCAGUGGGGCAGCCCUGGGCCGCAAGGCAGGCCCCCACUCUGCAGGCAGCUGUGCCGCACAGCUCAGUGGGGGUGGCAGAGCGAACACCGGCCACCCAGAGCAGCCACACUUGGCAGGAGGCCCGGCCAGACUGACCUCAGGCCCCAGGCAGGCCCGGGAGGUCUCCCUGCUCGUGUCCUGUCGAACCAACAAGUUCCGGAAAAACAACUACAAGUGGGUGGCCACCUCGGCCAAGAGCCCCAGGGCUGCUCGGAGGGCCCUCAGUCCCAGAGUGGCCGUGGAGGGUGUGAGCCGGGGCCCCUGUGGAACAGCAGAAAGAACGGGGAAGCCGCAGCUGAGAGCCGAGCCAGAUGCCAGGCCCAGGAAGGCUGCCCCGGUGUCCAAGCCGGGGACCUCCCCCAGCAAGUACAAGUGGAAGGCCUCCAGCCUGUCCGCCUCCUCCUCCUCCUCCUUCCGCUGGCAGGCGGAGGCAGGCAGCAAGGACCGCACGUCCCAGCUCUCCGUGCUCGUGUCCAGGUCCCCCCCAGAGGACAAGCCGGCCGUGGGGCCCAGCGGCUCAGAGGCUGCCUUCGGGGAGGCCCCGCUCUCCACCUACAAAGUGAAGAGCCGCACCAAGAUCGUCCGCAGGCGGGGCAGCGCCAGCCUUCCCGGGGACAAGAAGACCAGCCCUGCGCCCGGCACCACCGUGAGGAGCCACCCGAGCCUGCGGCGGAAGCAGGCCCUGCGGGGAAAGGGCAGCCCCAUCCUGAGGAAGACGCCCAGCAGGGGCCCGGCACAGGUCACCAGGCACCGGCUCUGCCGCCUGCCACCUGCCCGUGCCCUGCUCUCUGCCAAGGAAGUGCCCAGCCUGCUCCCUCUGCGGACCCCGCCUGCCAGCAAAGUGAUCAAGACCCGCUACCGCCUCGUCAAGAAGAACCUGGCGUCCCCUCUCAGCGUCCCGCCCUGCCACCUGCCUCUGCCCUCCUGGCGGGCCCGGCGCCUCACGCUGUCCAGGUCCCUGGUGCUGAACCGCCUGCGCCCGGCUGCCUCCAGCGGGGGGAAGGCGCCCCCCGGCCCCCCACAGUGGCGGAGCAGGGGCUACCGCUGCAUCGGAGGCGUUCUCUACCGUGUGUCGGCCAACAAGCUCUCCAGGACCUGCAGCCGACAUGGCGACGGGGGCAGCAGGCCCGUCCGCUCAGGCCGCUUGGACCCAGCCAGCAGCGGCAGCCGCGCCCUGGCCAGCCGGGCGGUGCAGCGCAGCCUGGCCGUCGUGCGCCAGGCGCGGCAGAAGAAGGAGCGCCGGCGGGAGGAAUACUGCAUGUACUACAACCGCUUCGGCAGGUGCAGCCGCGGCGACUGCUGCCCCUACAUCCACGACCCUGAGAAGGUGGCCGUGUGCACCAGGUUUCUCCGCGGCACGUGUAAGAAGACAGAUGGGACCUGCCCCUUCUCCCACCACGUCUCCAAGGACAAGAUGCCCGUGUGCUCCUACUUCCUGAAGGGGAUCUGCAGCAACAGUGAGUGUCCAUACAGCCAUGUCUACGUGUCCCGCAAGGCUGAGGUCUGCAACGACUUCCUCAAGGGCUACUGCCCUCUGGGCGCCAAGUGCAAGAAGAAGCACACGCUGCUGUGUCCCGACUUCUCCCGCAGGGGCGUCUGCCCCCGCGGCACCCAGUGCCAGCUGCUCCACCGCAGCCAGAGGCGCCCGGCCAGGCGGGCGGCCACACCCCCGACCCCGGAGCCCAGCGACGCGUCCCCCCGGAGCAGGGCCUCCAGCGGCCACGGGCCCAGGAAGGCCUCAGCCGCGCAGCGCCCCGCCAGACAGACGCCCAGCUCCGUCGCCUCGGGGUCUGCCGCCCCGGCCUCCCCUCCCCGCAGCCCCGGGGGCUCGGCCUCGGCCUCCCCGGAGUCGUCCCCGGCCCCCUCCUCCCCCUGCCCGUCCUCGGCCGCCUCGGACCGCGAGGAUCUGUCCCUCCAGGAGGCCGCCCCGCCGGGGCCGAGCUGCCGCGGCCUCUCCAAGCUGCCCUCCUUCAUCUCCCUGCAGUCCCCGCCGAGCCCGCGAGGCCAGCCCAGGGCCCGAGCGCGCAGGAGCCCCCCGGCCCAGGACGCAGGGAAACGUCUGCAUAUCAAGCCCCGACUGUGAGGGCUGGGCUGGGCAGUCUGCGCCCCCCGCCCACCACCGGCCCAGAAGAGGAAAGAGCCACCGCCCGCCGCUCAGCCCCUCCGCAGGGUCUACCCACCCCCUGGUCCCCCGUGAGGCCAGCAGGGACCCUGCUCCGCCCAUAGGGC